GCAGCGCGGAGGAAUCGGAACGGGCCCCAUCUGCGAUUCGCCCGAUUUGCGAAUAUGCUUGCCAUGUUUGUGCUUGUGGCUUGCAUGACUUGCAGCGCGGCCGCUGUCGCAGAUUCGCGGCGCGCGUCUGAGGCGCCGCGGGGGGGGGAAGCGCCUGUGCUCGAAGUGAGCUUGGACGCCCCGGCCGCGCCUUAUCCAGAAAUAGCCGAUCUCAUAAGUUCACUUGAAGAGGACAGGCGGGCCGUCGAAGCGGCUGGCAUGCGCAGCGUCCGCAGUAAUUUUUCGCACGCGUUCGAAAUCGCGCAAGAUUUGAUCGGCAGCGCGGUCGCGGAGUUGGCGCGGCGCUCGGGAAAUUCUUCUGCGCAGAGGGCGCUCGCUACGAGGCCGUGGGAAGUUGCGCAGAGCCGAGAAAAUAUAUCUUUCCUAUCGCGUCGGGUCGGCCGCGCGGCGGGCGCUGCCCCUGCGGUGAAAUUGAACGUGGCCCCGCGUCGGCCGGCGGACGCAGCGAUACUUCGAGCGAUUUCAGACAUCGAGCAGCGCCGGAACUUGGAGGGCGCGCGGCGCAUGGAGCAGGCGGCUUCUGAGAUGGCCGGCGUGACGCAAACCGUCUUGGAUGCGCUGCGCGCUGGGCCCGGCGCAGAUGGCAGCGCCGUGCCAGCGGGCGGCCUCCGUCGAGCCGCGUUCAGCGACAGCGCCGCGGGGUUUGUUGAAUUUGCUCGGCAAGGUAACGGACCGCAGGGUGGCGUUCGAGCAAUUCCCCCCGCGGUGCCGUUCCCGACGAUGGCUUCCUUCGUCCAGUCAAUGGAAAGACGGCGCGAUGCUUCCGAGCAGCUGGAGAGCGCCCAGAUUCUGCGCAUGGAAGCCGCGCUCGCCAAGGCCGAGGGAUUCCCGCUGAAGUCACGG